GGGGGGGUGGGAGGGGCUCACCGCUGUGAGGGCCAUAAAAAGCCGCCGUCGCCCGCCGGGCGGCAUCAGACGCUCUGAGCUGGAACCUCCAGAGACGAGACGGCGAGGGAAGGUUUUGAGUUUUGUUGUUCUUGUGGUUUCUACUAAAGAAGGCGGGGUUUGUUUAAGCGUACUCCUCCCUGCGGGCAUCAUGGACGCCUCCUCCAGUCCUCAGGUCUCCACUCUGAACGCAGACGCUCAGUGUGGCGGCUGCCCCCCCUCCGCGUGCACCCAGGGAAGCAGCCCUUGGCCCUGCCUGCCCCCGUCUGGAUCCGGCUUUCCGGCGUGGCCGGCGCAGCCCGCCCAGGCGACGCCCUGCUGGAACGGCCAGCUGAACGCGCCCUGUUGGCCGGCGACACAGGCCCCUCCCACUUCUGUCACCCCUUCAGUUCCAACUUCAGCCCCGGCUCAGGCCAUGGCACCCUCCCCCUCUGUGGUCCUGUCCCCCACACCUGCAGCGACUCAAGCCCCGACCAUGCAGCCGUCCUGUCAGCCCUGCUGGCCCGGCGUCCAGUACCAACCGGCCCCGCCCCCUCCAGCCCCCAGCAUUCACCCCAGCCUGGCCGGCUGGACCGCUCACCCCGGAUGGCCCUACAACCCGGGACAGUCAGGCUGGCCCGGACAAACCCCCGCUCUCAUGCCUCAGCACUGGCUGCCCCCCACGUCUGGUCCUUUGAAUGUCCCGUACAACCUGAACCUGGGCAGAGGCAUGUACGACAAAAUGAUGAUGACCAUCCUGGGCUACGUCAAGCCCAACGCCAAAAUGUUCACUGUGAACUUCCUGAGAGGCAAUGACAUUGCCUUUCACAUCAAUCCCCGCUUCAAUGAGGGCGGGAAACAGGUGGUGGUCCGUAACCAUAAACUGGGGGAGCGCUGGGGCCAGGAGGAGAGAGACCUGAAGGGGCCUUUCCCUUUCGCCGCUGGGAGCACGUUUGAGAUGAAGGUCCUCUGCACCGCCGAGGCCUUCAGGGUCGCCGUGAACAACAUCCCCAUGUUCGAGUUCCGCCAUCGCAUCCGAGAACUCAACCAGAUCGACCGCAUCAACAUCCUGCACGACGUGGUCCUGACCUACAUCAACGUGGAAACGCUUCCUUAGGGAGACGGCGCCGGAAAGAACGCUUCCUCUGCAACAUUUUAGCUUCUGGAGAUGCUUGGAUUAAACCGCCGCUAACAGAUGUGUUUUAGCGUGAAUUAACUUUUCUGAUCAUGGAUGUUCGUUUCAUUUAGUUUAUUAUGCAGCAGAACGGGGAAGCAGUUUCAAAACACAGAAAAAAACUUUUAGAAAAGUUUAAAAAUCUACAAAAUGUUUAAAAAAAGGAGGUAUUCUAAAAAAACAACAACAAAUAAAUGACAUUAAUGAAUAUUAAUUUCACUGUUUUUCAUCCCAUUUUACAGGAAGUGACAUUAUUUUGAAGGCUGACAUCAUCAGAGCACAGAUCUGUUCUGACAUCAUUUCCUGCUGUAAAAUAUUUCCAACUUUUUACUGAAAUUAAACUUUAUUAAGGUCA